CCUUAGUCAAACAAAUCACGUCGACAGAGGAGAUACCGGCGGAGAAAACUUUUAGUCUUCCCCGCUAUAUUGGCCGACAAUUGAGCGCAUUGAAGAAUAUCUAAGAUGCUUGGUAGAGUUUAUAGAGUUACCAACGUGAGCAUUGUAACGCAAUCGCUGAGACUAAACAUCCUGUGUUGCAGUAUUAUGAGUGAGUCUCAAUGGUACAGUUAUCACUCCAAGGCAGGCGAACUGUUGUUCUACUAUAACCACUUCACGGAUGAGUAUAGAUGGGUCCAGGGGAGAUCUCAAACUCUCGAUAGUGGAAAUGAGGGCCCGCUUAUGCUAGACCGACUAACAAAAGUGAAAACAGAAAGUAUCGCACACAUUGAAAAAUACGACAAGAGGCCACGCAAUGAAGAAGAAGAGCGAGUCGUGGAUGUAACGAAACGCGACACGGAGGACUUGGGUACGGUAAAGUGCGAGGAACAGGAGGAAGUGCAGAUAAUGAACGAGGUGGGAGAGGAAGAGGAUGACGAUGUCAUUUUUGAGGAGGCGGAGAAAGAGGAGGUUGGGGUGGAAGAUAAGGAAGAGGUGAAAAAGGAGGGAGGAGAAAGAGAUGGGGAGGUGUUAGUGAUGGGAUACGAGGAUGAGGAAAAAGUAAACGAUUUAGUGAUUGAAGAGGUGAAGGACGAGAAGGAGGAAGACGACGACGAUGAGGAUGAUGUUUUGUUAGGAAAGGAGGAGGAGAGAGAGGUAACUGAUGAUUAUAUGCAUUGCACACAAGUGACAAGCUCACCAGGAUGUUACAUCAAGGAGGAGACAAACUUGUGGGAAAAACUUGCUUCUGGUAGCCCUCUCAAUGAUUGUAUUCAACAAAUCAAAAAAGAACAGGCGGGAGAUAUAUCAAAGAGCCAGGAUGGUACAGGCUGUAGAGUUAAGGUGGAAAAAGAUCUAGAAAAUAACACUAUACGAGAGCAUGGAGAAUUAACAGCGAGAAAGGAAGAGAGAGCAAUAUGGCCAGAGACUGACAUGGAAAAUUGCGAAGAGGCUGCUCAGAGCUCCAGACAACAAGAAGGAAAUGAAAGCAAGAGGUCAGACAUUGUGGCAAAGAAGAGAAAGGUCAUACCGGCUAAUAGGGACAGUUCAAAGAAGCAAGUGAAAAAGAAGAGAAAGGCAAACAGUACUGCAAUAACUGAGGAAAAGAAGGAUACAACUAAGGACUUAGAUUCCAAACAGUUAAACACUGGCGAGAAAAAUAUUAGGGCUAUUAGGGAUUUAGAAAAUAAAGAGAUUAGUACAGAGAAAAGGAGGAAAGCUAGGCGUAAGAAGUUUGAAAGUUCUGGCGAUUCAAAGCAAAGAUUCCAGUGCAGCUAUUGCAGCAAGCAGUUUGGAAGAAUGGAACACUUGCAAGCACAUGAGAGGACUCACACAGGAGAGAAGCCAUAUAUCUGCCAUUACUGUGGCAAGGCAUUCGCUCAGACCUCCAACCUCGCCCGACAUACAAGGUCCCACACAAAUGAGAAACCAUAUGAAUGCAGAUACUGUGACAAGCAGUUUGCAGAUUUUUCUUCCUGCAAGAGACAUGAAUGGCAACAUACCGGUGAGAAACCUUACUCAUGUAAGAUAUGCGGUAAGGGGUUUACAAAUCCUGGCAAUGUUACUAGCCACAUGAAACAGCAUUCUGAUGAGAAGGGGUACAAGUGUGUGGAGUGCGGGAGAGCAUUUAAACUGUCUACAACCUUGAAGACACACAUGUGGGUCCAUAAGGAGAAAAAGCCCUUGGAAUGCACAGAGUGCGAUAAAUCCUUUGUCCAGGAGUCUGCUCUUAGAGUACAUAUGAUGAGACAUGAUGGUGUCAAACCCUUUUCUUGCCCUCUGUGCACCCAGAGAUUCGUAAACCAGUCAGCACUGAAUGUUCACCAGAAAGUGCAUAGCGAGGAAAGGCCAUACAAAUGUGAGGUCUGCAUGAAGGCUUUCAAGUGCUCAACACAUUUGAUUCGCCACGGUAAGAUCCAUGUAGGGAAUAAGCCCUUUAAAUGCAAUGAUUGCGAUGCAGCAUUUUUUGCAGCACAUGAAUUGAAGAAGCACAGCAGACGGCAUACAGGGGAAAAGCCUUAUGCAUGUGUGAACUGUAACAAGGCAUUUAGUUCUUCUUCCUCGCUGAGUCUUCACAUGAAGCGACAUGCUGGAGACACACCCCACAAAUGUGAUAUCUGUGGCAAAGGAUUUGUGAACAAGGGGGCACUAAAGCUUCACAUCGUAGGAGUUCACACGGAUAAAAAACCUCAUCAAUGUCAACUCUGUGGAAAACCUUUCUUACACAGUUGCUCUUUGGAAGUUCACAUGAGGAGUCAUACAGGAGAGAAGGAGUUCAUCUGCAAGAUCUGUGGCAAGGCGUCAACUACAAGGGAUGCCCUCAAAAGGCAUUUGCGCAUUCAUACAGGUGAAAGACCUUAUAAGUGCAAGAUCUGCAAAAGGGCAUUUGGGGAUGCAAGUUCGAGGAACAAACACGAGAAGAGACACUCUAGUUCUGGUGUGAGUCAGUAGCCUUGUGUUCACAUUAUAGGAACUCUAGUUAUGGUGUAAGUCAGGAACCUUGUGUUCACAUUAUAGGAACGCUAGACACUCUAGUUCUGGUGUAAGUCAGUAGCCUUGUGUUCACAUUAUAGGAACGCUAGACACUCUAGUUCUGGUGUAAGUCAGUAGCCUUGUGUUCACAUUAUAGGAACGCUAGACACUCUAGUUCUGGUGUGAGUCAGUAGCCUUGUGUUCACAUUAUAGGGACUCUAGUUAUGGUGUAAGUCAGUAGCCUUGUGUUCACAUUAUAGGAACGCUAGACACUCUAGUUCUGGUGUGAGUCAGUAGCCUUGUGUUCACAUUAUAGGAACUCUAGACACUCUAGUUCUGGUGUAAGUCAGUAGCCUUGUGUUCACAUUAUAGGAACUCUAGACACUCUAGUUCUGGUGUAAGUCAGUAGCCUUGUGUUCACAUUAUAGGAACGCUAGACACUCUAGUUCUGGUGUAAGUCAGUAGCCUUGUGUUCACAUUAUAGGAACGCUAGACACUCUAGUUCUGGUGUAAGUCAGUAGCCUUGUGUUCACAUUAUAGGGACUAUAGACACUCUAGUUCUGGUGUGAGUCAGGAACCUUGUGUUCACAUUAUAGGGACUCUAUCAAAGUAGGAGCACUGGAUAUUUUUCUCUGGCUUUAUGCAGUAAAAGAAUUUUUUACCAAGCCUCAACAGGAAAUCUGACAAUGUAUGAAUCGUCCCCACCACAUUUUUAGUGAUACUGUUUCAUGUGAUUCAGCAGGAAUACAUUAUAUUUUUAAACAUGGACACUCCAUUUUGAUGAUUUCCAAAAGAAAUCUUUAUCGUUUUUAUAAUUACAUUAGAGUUUCUUACCUUGUCUCUGCCUUUUUUCCCUUUCACUGAUUUGGUUAGUUUUAGCCGCUCAAGUUCCAUGACAAGAUCACGUUCUAAAAAGAUUUAAUCAAUAAGAUGAUUGCACUCAAUAAUAUUUUCUUUUUAUAUGUUUAGUUCAAAAAUGAAAAUGAAAUUAAAUAUUUUUUCUACUAUCAAAUCUGAUUUACAAAUAUUAUAUUAUAUUAUAUUAUAUUUGAGAAGUGACCAAUAAUAGAACAUUGUACUGUAUACUGAGAUUUUUUGUAUAAUUACAAAGUACAACCAUAAUGAAAGCGAAUAAAAAACAAUUUUACCAUU